CCCUAAACCACCCCCGUACAGGACGACGUCACCUGUCCGUGCAAGUGCAGUUAAACGAGACCCUUCGGUACUGGAAAGUGCGAGACGCGUUGCAACAUGUUCCCGGGCGGCGAUUUUAAGCUUUCAAUCGUCGCGAUUUUUUCUAUCUUAUAAAUUGUGGUAAAAAAGAGCGCCCUCUGGUAACCUGGCAAAGACCGCCGAUUGUAUUUAAGGUGUGUUCGUCGCGUUUCUGAUUGUUAACCAUUUCUCAAAGAAAUCUGCGUUCAAUUCAUUCCUCCUGGAUCUAAUAGGAAAGCUGGCAAUGAAGUUACGCUAGCAAAGAGUAUGGAAGAGCCGGGAUGGGCAUGUGCACAGACCCAAGGGGCAAAUUUCGUCCAUUGACCAUCGGAUCGUCUGUACCAUUGCUUACAACCGCAGCGUUCUACAUUUUUAUAAACACAGGUCUGUGCUUGUUCAUUCCAGCUCUCUGCUUCCAAGAUGCGUUCCACAUCACGGCAAUCCUGGGCGAAUCGGUCGUUUUCAACUGCCACGUGGAGUUUCCCGAAGGUCAGCCUGUGCCAUACGUAUUGCAAUGGGAGAAGAAGGUAGGCGACACGCAUUCUACAGUUGGAAUGUUCAAGGGACAGGAUAUACCAAUCUACAUCUGGUACGAGAGUUAUCCCACACACAGCGGAGAGGGAUAUGAAGGAAGGGUAUCGAGAGUAUCACCAGAUUCCAAUUAUGGAGCUGCUUCACUUAACUUGACCAAUAUUCAAGUAUCCGAUCAAGGAUGGUACGAAUGUAAAGUGGUGUUUCUCAAUCGAUUUCCAAGUGCACAAAAGAACGGAACAUGGUUUCAUCUGGACGUGCACGCCCCACCACGAUGGGUUGUCAUUCCAGAGGAUAUAAUCUACGUGAAUUUAGGCGACGCGAUCAUCCUCAAUUGCCAAGCGGAAGGAACUCCAACCCCCGAAAUCCUUUGGUACAAGGACGCGAAUCCGAUCGAAACAAACUCAGCGAACUCGAACGGAAAUUCAAUCCCCACAGGUGUAGGGAUUUUCAACGACGGAACCGAACUGCGUUUUUCGAAUAUACGCAGCGAAGAUAUCGGCGAUUAUACUUGUAUAGCGAGAAAUGGCGAAGGGCAAAUAUCACAUACAGCUCGAGUUAUAAUAGCAGGUGGUGCUGUUAUAAUGGUACCACCGACCAAUCAAACCAAGUUAGAAGGCGAAAAAGUUCAGUUUAAUUGUGAGGCGAAAGCUUUACCUGGAAAUGUGACCGUUAAGUGGUUUCGCGAAGGUGCUCCAGUUAAAGAAGUCGCUUCUUUAGAAACUAGAGUAACUAUCCGAAGGGAUGGGUCUCUUGUGGUCAACCCAGUAAGCGCCGACGAUUCGGGACAAUAUCUUUGCGAAGUCAGCAAUGGGAUCGGUGAACCUCAAUCUGCAUCGGCUUACCUUAACGUAGAAUAUCCAGCGAAAGUAACAUUCACACCAACAGUGCAAUAUUUACCAUUUCGUUUAGCUGGAGUUGUCCAGUGUUACAUCAAAGCAAACCCACCCCUACAAUAUGUCACGUGGACCAAAGACAAAAGGCUUCUCGAACCGUAUCAAACCAACGAUAUCGUCAUUAUGAAUAACGGCUCACUUCUUUUUACUCGUGUUAACCAAAGCCAUCAAGGAAGAUAUACUUGUACUCCGUAUAAUGCACAAGGAACUCAAGGUUCCUCCGGGCCUAUGGAAGUUUUGGUAAGAAAACCACCCGUUUUUACCAUCGAACCUGAACCAAUGUACCAACGAAAAGUGGGCGAAACCGUCGAAAUGCCUUGUGAUGCCCAAGAAGCCGAAGGAACUCAAAGACCAACGAUGCAAUGGCAAAGAAGAGAUAACGCACCCUUACCGAAAAAUCGAGUAAGAGUGAAUGGUGGAAAUAUCACGAUUGAUAGCUUAAGAAGGAGUGAUUUUGGCUUCUAUCAAUGUGUAGCGUCCAACGAAGUAGCAACCAUCGUCGCUACCACUCAAUUAGUAGUCGAAGGAACCCAACCCCACGCUCCGUAUAAUCUUACAGGGACCGCUACUGAAUUUGCAGUCACCUUGAGUUGGCUACCCGGUUACAGCGGAGGUCCUGAUUACAAACAAGAUUAUUCAAUCGGAUAUCGAGAAGCCGGCGUCUCCGAAUGGUCUACCAUUCCGGUAACACCAUCGGGAAGUACACAAGUUACCAUCAAUCGUUUAGCUCCAGGGACAACGUACGAGUUUCAAAUUGUCGGUAAAAACGCUCUUGGAGCCGGCAUGAUGAGUAAAAUAAUAACGAUAAGGACUUUGGACUCCAACCCCCGAUUGCUUACUCUAUCGGACGGUACAGACGUCGGGCUACCGCCCAAACCUGCUGCGACGCAGAAGCCUUUCUUACCACCUCCUGAUGAACCAACCGGUCCGAAACCGGGACCGCCGAGGAACCUGACAGUUACGGAAAUUAACAACGGGUUUUUAAUUAGUUGGGAGCCGCCGCUUGAGCGGGCCAAACUGGUUCAAUACUACAAUAUUAAGUAUAGAACAGACGGUCCUUGGAAAGCUUUAAAUAAAGCCCAAAUUAGACCGGAUGACUACACCUACCUUGUGAAAAAUUUGGUUGGUGGUCGAACAUACUACUUCAGAGUUCUCGCAUAUGCUUCGAAGAACUUUGAGGCUAGUGAUGAAGUAAAAUAUCCAGUACCAGCAAGAGUAAAACAUAAGGCAAUUACGGCAGGAGUCGUCGGAGGGAUUCUCUUUUUUAUAGUUGCCAUCAUUCUUUCCGUAUGCGCCGUCAAGAUUUGUAAUAAACGAAAACGAAGAAAACAAGAAAAAGUUUUACGCAGCGUGACUAAUUCUUACAACAUGGUGGCGUGUCGAAUAACGGAUUCUAGGAAUGGGGGGAACGCGUCGGAAAGUCAAGUGCCUUUGAAAAAACUUAGAAAAGGCAGAAUACCAGGUCUGAGAAUUCUGGCUUUCGUAGCGAAUUGGGUGUGGCCAAGAGACCGCUGUAGGUCCGGAAGCAGUCUCAGCUGGCACCCGGAUUACCUUCACCCCUCUUCACCAUCAAAGCACAAGUCCUUAGGGAGGAUUUCGAGGGCGGCCGAUGGACGAUUCGUUCUGAUCGAUUCUUCGCUUAGUUUACGAGCUGAAAGUCUUUCGAAUAUGAGCAGCAGCGACGACGGGGGUUUCCUUCCGAAACGAAAUAACAAUCGUGCUUCUUGGAGGAAACCGUUAGUUAGUUAUCCGAGUCAAUUGAGUUUACGAUCGGAUGCGUCCGGUCAAAGUGCAAGACCCGUUUGGAAUGGUCUCUUAGGAACAGUUACCGGUCCUCGAUACUACAACAGCCCCAAUUUUAAACCAAUUCCAACGAUAUAUAGCCCGAAUACGCCUCGGGUACAAUGCAGCUCACCUGCAACUUCUAGUGCUUUACUUUUAUCGCCAUGGACGCCGUUGUACUUUAGUGAUUUAAGUUCCGUGCGGUAUCCGAGUUCCGGGGAUAGAUCUUAUCCAACACCUCCCGGUUUUGUUCAGUUGAGAUCAAUGCACGAAAGAUACUCGCAAGAAUUACCAUCAUUAAGAGCAAUUCACGAAGAAUCACAAUGUUUCAUACCAGUUCAUCCAAUACGAGUACCACCAUCGUAUCCUUUAUCAAGAUCACGAGCGAGAUUAUUACCCAGACACGCGAGGAUAGCAAGAAGUGCUCCAGAACUUGGUUCCCCGGACCAUUUAGACCGCUCCCCGGAAAGUCGUUCAAGCUCCAGCGGAUUCGGUUCGAAAAACACCUCUUCAAACCAAAAUCAAAGCUCUCAAUCGGGUUCAACCUUCGAAUGGAGAUUACCUCCAUACAGACCACCACCUCCACCGUACGCUUUACCUCCACCACCACCGAUCGUAGGACAUUGGUUAGAAUUAGCUUCGUCUUCUCCAUCGACUUCCGAACAAAUUCAUCAUAAAGCCGUUGACGUUGGAAGCGUUGAUGGUCAUUACGAAUUCGAUCCGUCGACUCCCACGCCGACGCCUUCAACGCCAACAGGACCCCGCGAUGCCGAUUUAGACGUUCCAACUUUACGGAAAAGUUAUGGAACUCUUCGGAGCACCCGAUAUGAUAACAUAGACGCGCGCGUUCAAGCCAUGAAAGAAGAGUUUAACGAAUUUCGGAAAAGGCAAGCAAAAAGAAGAAGAAGUCAUGAAUUAGAGAGCGCGUGCUGACAGUGUAUCAACGAUUCGUUUUGGUUAUUUUUUAUUUAACGUGUGAUAGACAAGGUGGGUCCUCGCCCCCCGUAUUUGAGGCGUACAUGUUCUAAAUUUUAAACGUCGCAAGGUGGGAAGACCAAGACUUUUUUUAAAAAAUGAUUACCGUUUAAGAUUUCCGCUCACACAUCGCAAAGUAAAUGAAAAUAAAUCCACGCGGAAAGGAUAAUUAAUAAGGAUAAAAGUAUAGUGUUAUAUAAUUUUGAGUCAAUUUUAAUGGCACUAUACUAAUUUAAUAAGGGGUUUUAAUUAAAGUAAUCGAGAAACGUCUAGUGUUUACUUCCACAAUUCACGUACUGUUAUAAUAUUUUUUUUAAUAUUAAACAUUAACCGAAAAUCAAAUGACUAAGUACUUAGGAUUAUUAAAAAAAAAUAUGGGGAAUGUACAAAAUAGGACCAAAAUAUCGUAUGGUUAUAAAAACUUAACUCUUAAAACUUAACUAUUUUCAAAAAAAUAACUUGUAAAAAAAGUAAUUUAUAAUGUUAGGGAUUGAUGACUUCAUCAAAAGUUAAAUCCUUCCAACGCGGUAUAGCAUUUUUAAAAAAUCGUUUCUGGCUUCUUGGAGGUGCAACGAUUACACACCAAAGAUUGCAUUCAAAACUAAAAAUUUUUAGACAUAUAGUGCUAUGUUUAAGUCUAAACUCUAUAUUAAUAUCCAAAAAAAAUCGGAUUCCACUUUAAGAACACUUAAAAAAGAAAAAUCAUCGCUUUCAUUUUUAUGGUACGAUUACAUAUCCCAAUUAUUAUCAGCACCGCGACUUUUGCACAGCACUAUCACGUCCGAAACGGCUCUAAGGAGUUAUAAAGAACUGCGUAUAGACCAAAGAGAUCUUGUUACUAAAACGUAGCAAAAUUAGAUAACUUUAUUGUGUUCAAACAAAAGUAUUCUCUAUAAAAUAAGGCUAUUAAAA